GGCAGCAGGACACAGAUGGAGCAGGAGGUGUCUCUGUUAUUCUCCUGUCAUCAAUAAUCAAUAAUCAGCAGUGAUCAGGAGGACUCCUGCUGGACGGGUCCAGCUGGACGUCUCCUGUGUCCCAAAGGAAACGUUUGUCUCCUCAACACCGGACAGAACGGACAAUUCAACAUCUCUGACACUUUACCGUCUUCCUAUUGGACGGUUUACUGUCUUCGUAUUGGACACUUUAAUAUCUUCCUAAUGGACACUUUACCGUCUUCCUAUUGGACACUUUAACAUCCUCCUAUUAGAUGGUUUACCGUCUUCCUUUUGGACACUUUACCGUCUUCCUAUUGGACACUUUAACAUCUUCCUAUUGGACGGUUUAACGUCUUCCUAUUGGACGGUUUAAUGUCUUCCAAUUGGACAGUUUAACGUCUUCCUAUUGGACGGUUUAACGUCUUUCUAUUGGACAUUUUAGCAUCUUCCUAUUGGACGGUUUAGAUUCUUCCUAUUGGACAGUUUAGCGUCUUCCUAUUGGACGGUACCUGUCUCUUCCUGUCUCUUCAGAGAUGAACGGUCUCUGUUCUCUGAGCGCGCUCAGUAUGUUCCUCCUGGUCCUGUGGGCAGAGUCAGGUUACGGCAUGAUGACGCUGAACUCGGUGCUCCUCCCUCAGGUGUCCUCAGGAGGACAGGGGGAACGAGCAGGAGUUCAGUCCCACCUGAGGAGGAGGAGAAGGAGCUGGGUGUGGAACCAGUUCUUCAUCCUGGAAGAGUACGUGGGGGACGAGCCGCUGUACGUCGGAAAGCUACAUUCUGACGUGGACAAAGGUGACGGGCAGGUGAGGUACAUCCUGAGCGGUGAAGGAGCCAAGUCCAUCUUCUCCAUCGAUGAGGACACGGGGGACAUUCACGCCAUCAGGAGGCUGGACCGGGAGCAGCAGGCCUACUACACCCUGAGGGCCCAGGCCCGGGACCGGAGCACCAAUCUGCUGGUGGAACCCGAGUCCCAGUUCAUCAUCAAAGUCCAGGACAUCAACGACAAUGAGCCCCGGUUCCUGGACGGACCGUACACGGCCCAGGUGGCUGAAUGCUCUCCUGUAGGUACGUCUGUGGUGACGGUGGUUGCCACGGACGCUGAUGAUCCCACCUACGGAAACUCUGCCAGACUGGUUUACAGCAUCCUGCAGGGGCAGACACACUUCUCUGUGGAGCCAAAGACAGGUGUAGUGCGGACGGCUGUACCUGACCUGGACAGGGAGGUGCAGGAGCACUACCUGCUGGUCAUCCAGGCCAAAGACAUGAUGGGUCAGAUGGGAGGUCUGUCAGGAACCACCUCCGUCACUGUGACGAUCACCGACGUCAACGACAACCCGCCUCGCUUCCCCCGCAAGAGCUACCAGUUCAGUCUUCCAGAGGCGGCUCUGGUUUCGUCUGUGGUCGCAAAGAUCAAAGCUGUGGAUCUGGAUGUGGGUCCGAAUACAGAGGUGGACUACAAGAUUCUGGAUGGAGACGGACUGGGAACCUUCCGGAUCCUCUGUGAUCCAGAUACACAGGAAGGACUGGUGAUCCUUCACAAGGCUGUGGACUUUGAAGCCAAGUCCAGCUACACUCUACGCGUCGAGGCGUCCAAUCGCUAUGUGGACACCCGCUACCUGUCGGCAGGUCCUUUCAGUGAUGUGGUGAUGGUUCGGCUCCUGGUGGAGAACGUGGACGAGCCUCCAGUGUUCUCGGCCUCCAUCAGCCGGAUGGCAGUGUCCGAGGCGGCUCCGGUAGGAACCGACCUUGGAUCAGUCUCAGCUCACGACCCCGACGCCUCCAACAGCCCUGUGAGGUACUCCAUAGACAGACAGACAGACCUCCAGCGUUACUUCGACAUCGACAGCAGUUCCGGUGUGAUCAGGACAAAUAGACGUCUGGACAGAGAGCUCAGCGUUCUGCAUAACAUCACUGUUGUCGCCACGGAGACCUUGGAUCCAUCUCAGGUGGGGAAAGCUGUGGUUCUGGUCUCUGUGGCAGACGUUAAUGACAAUGCCCCGAGCUUCGCCGUGGAUUACCAAACGUUUGUCUGUGAGAAUGCCCAACCUGGACAGGUUGUUGAGACGGUGAGUGCGGUGGAUCCAGACAAACCAGAGAACGGACAUCAGUUCCUGUUUUCUGUAAGCACUGAGGCUGCUGGGAACCUGAGUUUCACCCUGAGAGACAACAAUGACAACACAGCGUCUGUCCUGACUCGACGAGCUGGAUUUGUGCGGCGGGAACGGCCGCUCCACUUCCUGCCGGUGGUGAUUUCUGAUGGCGGCGUUCCAUCUCUGAGCAGCACGAACACGCUGACUGUCACCGUCUGCGACUGCGACGUCCACGGCAACCACCAGCACUGCAGCCAGGGGGCGGAGCUACCGGAUGGCCUCGGCACCUCCACUGCAGUUCUGCUCACCUGCAUUCUGCUGGGUGUCGUCAUGGUAACAAUUGCCAUGAACCGCAGGAGGGCGGAGCCUCUGUUGAUAGACGAUGAGCGAGACAUUCGUGAGAACAUCGUCUGCUACGAUGAUGAAGGUGGAGGAGAGGAGGACACCGAGGCCUUUGACAUGUUCGCUCUGAGACACCUGAACCAAACGCAGCCGGCCGGCCGAGACGCCGCUGAACUACUGCCCCCGCCGUCGCUCACCAGGAACCCAGGGCCCCACAAGGACAAAAACAGGCUCUUCCAGGAAUUCAUCAGAGACCGCCUGAAGGAGGCAGGCCUGGAUCCGACGGCGCCGCCCUACGACUCACUGCAGACCUACGCCUUCGAGGGUCGUGGGUCGGCCACCCAGUCGCUCAGCUCGUUGAGUUCGUUAAGCUCGUUAGAGUCUGAGCAGGGCUACGAGUUCCUCAGAGAGUGGGGGCCCAGUUUCAGGAAGCUUGCUGACCUCUAUGGACACCAUGAAGGAGGGGGAAGGGGUGUGGCCAGUGGCGUGUGACAGGUGUGGAUCCAGCAGGUAUGGAGGGUGUGACUAGAGCAUCCACCUGCAUCAAACCGGUCAGAAUGGGAACACGAUCACAGCUUGAGACUCAAGUGGUUCUGAGACCCAGCAUGCAUUUCUACAGAGAGUCCAGCUUGUCGGCCAUGUUUGUAGUCCAAUCAGAAACUGUGACAUUCAUUAAACUUUGUUCAGCUGACCAAUCACAACAGGUCUGCUGUUCCACACCCAGAGUCACCUGACCACUGUGUCCAUGGUCUGUGAUGUCACCGACAGGAGAUAAAACCAGGAGACCAAUCAGCAGGAGGACUCGCUGCAACAAACCUUUACAGUUAUCAUUAUUAUUAUUGUUAUUAUUAUUAUUAUUAUUAUUAUUUUUAUUAUUAUUAUGAUUAAGCUAACCUGAAGAGAAGCAACAAAUGCAGCAAAGCAACAGACUGAACCUGAUUCUGUUGAGUUUGAUUACAGUCCUGUGAUUAGCAGGUAAUCAAUAAUCAGAAACCUGUGUGCUGGAGGCUCCAUUACCUGAAUGCUGAUCAGCUGUGAUUGUUUGAUCCUCUGUGAUUCCAGCAUCUCACGUGCAUAAAAGAGUGAAUGAUCACUGCAGUGAUGUCGUCCCAGGUAGCUGCAGGAGAUGCUUCCACAGCUGUAAUCACGACUCCACUAAACCGUGUCAUAAUGUAAACCUCCUGUUCACACUUUUAGCAUUAGUUCUGAUUUUCACAUGACACCUCUGUACUUUUAGUAGUCUGACCAGCACCACAACUACAUGUUCUUCUGUACAUAGUUUCUGAUCCAUCUGUAUGUUCCAUGUAUGAUCGUCUGGAUACCUUCAAUAAAGUUAUCUAUC